CUUCUCCUCUCGUCUCCCUCUCUCUCUCUUCGGCAGGGUUAAGCUUCGUAACCUUACUCAAGUAGUGGCUCGAAACCCCGCCUUCUGGAGCGCAGAUUCCAGCAAGCCCAUCAACCCAGCCAGGAACUGGGACCAAUCGUCAAUGAAACUAGAAAAGUCAAAAGUGGUGUCGGGUCCAGCGAACAUGCCUCCCAUGCUUCCCCCCAAUCUCUCCAGAAACUCUACUCUGUAUUGCCGAGUCGAAGCCCGAUUCUCUUCCUCAUGCUCUCCCUAACAACAACAACAACGACCACAACACCCAUGGGUCAUGGGCCCGGAAGCGGAUUAACCACAGUCAAUUGUUUCAAGUAGAAACGCGCAGCCGACUGACGGGGCGAGAUCGGGAGAUGCCCUUGUCUUUUGCCGGUCUUUGCCGAUUCGCACACUGUCUAUCUUCUGAAUCCUAACAUACCCACGUCGAGUGUCGAUCACCCCCCAGCACAGCCCUGUCAAGCGCAAUCACCGUGGCUGAGGAGCAGGCCGAGAGACCUUGGCCAUUGGGAUGAACCACCGCUGUUGGUCCGUUCCCUGGCCCGCUCUAGCUUGGCAGAUGCACUUUUAUAUAAUUAGCACCGGACGGACAAGUGUGCCAGUGACCCGUCCCUCUCUGUCUCCGGGGGUCUCUGGCCUGGAGUGGAUAACGGAUUUGGCUGCAGUUGUGGAGUUGCAAUAGCGCAGACUUUUUGCAGGAGGGGAAAACGACAAUCACGGAAUAUGACGGAUGCUGUUGACGUAGCUGUUUCGUUGAAUUAGAUAGAUGCGGUGCCCUCUCUCUCCUGCCGAGGACGGGGGGGCCGCGUGGUCACUCGUCCUUCGUCUAUCUUGUCUUGGAUCGAGUUGGGCUCAUCUCCGGCCAGUCCAUAAUUCGAAAGAGGUGUCCUGCCAUCCAUCCCUCUCGCUUCUCCCAAUUGCCGUUGAUGCGUCUGUGUGAGUGCUAGAGAGCUGCUGAAAGAGAAAAAGAAAAGAGAAAAAGAGAGAGAAAGAGAGAAGUCGACGAAACGAGAUCACAACUCGAAAUCUGAACCUCCCGAUCCCAAUGCGCUCCCACUCUGCUUCCGCCUUCGGGCUCCUUGCCGGUAUGCUACUAGCAGCUGCCGGUCCGGCCGCCGCCCGGCCGGAUAUCUAUGCCCGGUCACAACAGAUACGACGACAGAACGCCCAAGACUGCCUGGAGGACUUGGAGGACAUCCUGGACAACGCGCCAACGACGUCCAUGUCAUGGGGCGCCACCGCCUGCGACUACACUUCGACGCUCUCGGGCGCCGAGCUCACGGCCACCUACGCCUCCUUCAGGAACCGCAUGUCCUCCUGGUACACCGAUGACCUCGACGACAUCACCAAGCUCGAGGCCAGCUGCACCCAAUACGCCUCCCUCUUCAGCCAGAUUAGGUACUGCUACGUGACCGGGCCCGUCCCGACCGUCGCCACUUCCACGACGGCGUCGUCGACGGCUGUGAUUAGGACGACGACCAGCACGAGCACUGGGGGGGGCGUCUCGACGGCAACGGUGACGACUACGGCGACCCCCGACGGUGGUAGCGGGCUGGACGACGGCGCGAAGGCCGGCCUCGCCAUCGGUAUCAUCAUCGCCGUCCUCCUGCUCAUGUUUUUGGGGUACAAGGUGUUCAUGAAGUACCGCGAGAAGCGACUGGACGCCGCCGCCGCCGCCGCCACCGCUGCGGCAGCCACGACAAACGGGAACGUCGGGCCGGAGAUGGGAGGUGCGGCCGCCGCAGGUGCAAUGGGAGCGGCGGCGUUGGCGGCGGCGAAGUCAAGAGACGAAGGCAACUCGGUCCACGCAUACAAGUCGGAACUCGGCGGCCAAUCGCGGCCCAUGUACGAGCUGGACCCGAGCUCGAUAUCGGAGCUCGACCCGGGAGCGGCCGUCGCGGUGCCGAGGACGACCGGCGUCCACCGGCACUUCGCCGAGCUCGACCCGACCCAGAUCAGCGAGCUGCCGGCGGACAACUACGACCCGACGCUCAACGCGAACUCGUCUUCCACCUCCUCGCCGCCGCCCGCGUACGUGUCGCCCGUGACGGAGACGGGAACCCACAGCACGCUCUACUCGGUCGUCUCGCCCGUGUCACCCGACUCGGAGGCCGCGCGGUCGCGUCAAGGGCUGGGCAUCUCCACCAUCUCGGAGGCGGAGGGCUCACCAGGCGCCGACGGCCACGCCGAGGCGACGCCCUCGGGAUGGACGAGCCAGAAUACCGUACAGCAGGGAUUCGGGCGCGGCUGGAUGCCCAAGACGGGAUGAGAGGCUCUAGGGACGAACGGGUGGGUGAGUGAGUGAGUAGCGGGCGGGACAAGAAGAGAUUGGAACACUGUACAAGUGACGGGUUACGGACGGCGAGGAAGGGGCAGUCAUUUUAUGCUUUUCUUUUGGAAUCAUCAACCAGUAAAGCGGUCAGCCCGGCUGUCUUCUUGGGUCCGGCAUAACGGAUAGCCGAUGACCCCGGCGCCUCUCCCCGACGAACCGAGGCCUGUUCCUCAAAACUGUUAUCCUUAUGGUAGUCAUGAUUAACUACGUGUAGCUUUAGAUACCCUUCUGACGUAAGAAAGAAACAUGCGUCAAUCAUAUAUUUGUUAG